AUGCCGAUGGCACGAAAGCCAUCGAACGUGGCCGUAAGCGCCGUCAGUCCUGCCGCCUGGCGUUUCUUGCCAGCCCAGCAGCUGGUGGGGAAGGGCAGGGACUGCGGGAGCCGGGGCCGCCGGGGCAGGUCGCAGCAGAGUGACCGGCUUCUAAUCAAAGGAGGAAAAAUUGUCAACGAUGAUCAGUCAUUUUAUGCAGACAUUUAUGUGGAAGACGGUUUAAUAAAACAAAUCGGAGAAAACCUGAUUGUUCCCGGUGGUGUGAGGACGAUUGAUGCCUACAGCCAGCUGGUGAUGCCGGGGGGGAUAGACGUCCACACCAGGCUGCAGGUGCCCGCCAUGGGGAUGACCCCUGCGGAUGACUUCUACCAAGGCACGAGGGCAGCCCUGGCAGGAGGCACCACAAUGAUCAUCGACCACGUCUGCCCGGACGCGGGGACGAGCCUCCUGGCCGCCUACGAGCAGUGGCGCGGGAGCGCCGACCGCCAGGCCUGCUGCGAUUACGCGCUGCACCUCGACGUCCCUCGCUGGCACGAAAGCCUGAAGGAGGAGCUGGAAGCCCUGGUGAAGGACAAGGGUGUGAACUCCUUCCUGGUGUUCAUGGCCUACAAAGACAAGCUGCAGUGCACCGAUGCCCAGAUGUACGAAAUAUUCUGCAUUAUUCGAGACCUGGGGGCCAUUGCCCAAGUGCAUGCUGAAAACGGCGACAUCAUCGAUGAGGAGCAAAGGAGGCUGCUGGACCUCGGGAUUACCGGGCCAGAGGGGCACGUCCUCAGCCGCCCCGAGGAGGUGGAGGCGGAGGCGGUGUACCGUGCCAUCACCAUCGCCAAGCAAGCCAACUGCCCCCUCUACGUCACCAAGGUCAUGAGCAGAGGUGCGGCGGAUGUGUUGGCUCAAGCGAAGAGGAAAGGCGCGGUGGUGUACGGAGAGCCCAUCGCUGCCAGCCUGGGCACUGACGGGUCGCACUACUGGAGCAAGAACUGGGCCAAAGCCGCAGCCUUCGUCACGUCUCCCCCCAUCAGCCCGGACCCCAGCACGCCGGAGCACCUCGCCUCCCUCUUGUCCUGCGGGGACCUGCAGGUGGUGGGCAGCGCCCACUGCACCUUCACCACCGCGCAGAAGGCCGUGGGGAAGGACAACUUCACCCUCAUCCCCGAGGGGACCAACGGCAUCGAGGAGCGGAUGGCCAUCGUUUGGGAGAAGUGCGUGGUCUCCGGGAAGAUGGACGAGAACGAUUUUGUAGCAGUGACCAGUACCAACGCUGCCAAGAUCUUCAACUGCUACCCCAGGAAGGGACGCAUCGCUGUGGGCGCUGACGCCGACUUGGUUUUGUGGAACCCCAAGGCUACUAAAAUCAUCUCGGCAAAAACCCACAAUCUGAACGUGGAGUACAACAUAUUUGAGGGCAUGGAGUGCCACGGCGUUCCUACCGUGGUCCUAAGUCAAGGAAGAGUUGUUCUCGAGGACGGCAACCUGCUUGUCACCCAGGGGGCAGGUCGCUUCAUCCCCAGAAAGACGUUCCCUGAUUUUGUUUACAAAAGGAUAAAGGCAAGAAACAGGCUGGCUGAAGUCCACGGCGUCCCCAGGGGGCUGUACGACGGACCGGUCCACGACGUCCUCGCCAGCGCCAAGGCCGUGGCCCCCACCCCGGCGGCCAGGAUCGUGCCCUGCGCCGGCAAAGCCCAGGCUCCUCCCGUGCGCAACCUCCACCAGUCGGGGUUCAGCCUCUCUG